AUGGGAGCUGCCCUGGCUGCCGCCUGCGCGCGCGUCGAACAGCCAGCUGCCACUGGCGACCAAACAGAAAGUUUGCAAGCCUUUGACCGCGCUUUGCUCGCGCAGGUGAAGAAGGGCAAGUUGGAGGACAACUAUGAGAUGUUGGAAGAGCUGGGCAGUGGCAGUUUCGGUGUUGUAAGCAGAGCCAGAGACAUUCGCACAAAGGCCGUGUCCAUGGCAACCUAUGUUGCCGUGAAAACUAUCCCAAAAAAGAAGAUCUCAGAUCCCAAAACCGUCAAAGAUGAGUUUAAUGUUCUCCGCCAGCUGGACCAUGCACAUAUCUGCAAAGCCUACGAAUGCUAUGAGGAUCGCCGCCACAUAUAUUUGGUCAUGGACAUUUGUGCCGGGGGCACUUUGCUGGAAAGCUUAUGUGUUCAGCAACGAUUUCCUGAGCCAGAUGCGGCAAAGAUCAUGCGACAGACUCUCUCUGCUUUGUCUUACCUACACCAGGCCAACUUCAUAUUUCGUGAUUUGAAAACCGAAAAUAUCAUGUUCGCAAAGCCCGUGCAAGAUGGUGAAGUUGGAAACAUCAAACUGAUUGACUUCGGCUUGUGUUGCCCGUUUCGACCUGGAGCGAAGAUCACCCGUGCGGCUGGCACCCCGUACAGCGUUGCCCCCGAGCUCGUGACUGCUCCCGUACAGUAUGACCAGCGGUGUGACUCCUGGAGCGCCGGUGUUGUGAUGUUCAUCAUUUUGUCUGGCCAGUAUCCUUUUUCUGGCAAGACGAAGGAAGAGCUCCUGCACAAGAUACGGAAAGAGCCCGUUAGCUUCAAGAGCGCUCGGUGGAAAAAGAUCACAAAGGAAGGCACCGACGGGGCAGACCUGGUGGGUCUUGGAAGUGAAUGGCCCUGCCUGUACAAGGGCGGUCAAUGCAUUCUAGCUCAGAUUUCUUACAACCGGCCGCCAGUGGAUGCUACAGCAGGCGAGCCUGCACCCUCCCAGAACCGUCUUCUGAAUGGCUCGGUCGGUAGCGAAGACCUGGGCAUCCACAACUUCAUGGUGCAGAUCCGAGACUUGCAGACGCAUGAGCCACUCCCCGGCGUGCAAGUCGGCGACAUUGGGCCGAAGAUCGGCUACAAUAACCAGGACAACGGUUUCUGCCGGUUCAGCCACGUGCGCAUUCCACGGACCAACAUGGCCAUGAGGCAUGCGACGCUGGACCGCAGGGGACAGUACUCGUCUAGAAAGGAGCGGCGCGCGGCGUCCUAUUCCGCCAUGACGAAGGUGCGUGUGGAGAUUGCCAUGGGCAGCGGCCACGUUCUCAGCAAGGCCUGCGCCAUCGCAAUCCGGUACUCUGCUGUGCGGCACCAAGGAUUUACAGGCAAUGGUGACAGCUCAGAGAUGUGCGUCCUCGACUACACGAUGCAGCAGCAACGCGUGUUGCCCUUGCUGGCCACAGCCUACGCUUUCCAUUUC